GAGAGAGAGAGAGAGAGAGAGAGGGAGAUGAUGAAGCAGGAGUCGUGGAUGGAGGUGCUGCCGGUGCCGCCGGCGCCCUACUUCGCCGGCCAAGCGGGCGGCUGGUUCCUGCAGGACCAGCGGGGCACCGGCGGCGUCGGCGGCGGGGCGUGGUCGCCGGCGGAGAACAAGCAGUUCGAGGAGGCGCUCGCGCGGGUCGACGGGGACGCGCCGGACCGGUGGGAGCGGGUGGCGGCGCUGCUGCCCGGCAAGACGGUGGCCGACGUCAUGCGGCAGUACGACGACCUCGAGAACGACGUCUGCUUCAUCGAGGCCGGCCUCGUCCCCUUCCCCCACUACAACGCCAACGCCCCGGCCUCCGGGUUCACCCUCGACUGGGACGGCGGCGGCGACCUGGCGUUCAAGCGCUCCUGCUACAUGGCGGCGGGCGGCAACGGCAAGCGCGGGCGCGGCGCGGACCAGGAGCGCAAGAAGGGCGUGCCCUGGACGGAGGAGGAGCACAAGCUCUUCUUGAUGGGCCUGAAGAAGUACGGGCGCGGGGACUGGCGGAACAUCUCGCGCAACUACGUGACGAGCCGGACGCCGACGCAGGUGGCCAGCCACGCGCAGAAGUACUUCAUCCGGCUCAACUCCGGCGGCAAGGACAAGCGCCGCUCCAGCAUCCACGACAUCACCACCGUCAACAUUCCCGACGACGACCACGCCAGCAACACCAACCCCUCGCCCUCGCCGCCCUCCGCGCUCACCGCCACCUCCUCCGCCCCGGAGCAGUUCGGCGCGCUCGCCGACAGCAAGCCGCCGCCGCCUCUGGGCGGGCACCACCACUUCAUGCCGGCCCACCUCUACGGCAGCGUGAAGCUGGAGGCCAGCAAUAACGGCUACCACGGCGACUCUGCUCUGAUGCAGAUGCAUCAAUGCGGCCAGCUCCAGCCUCUCGGUUGACCACUGUUCCUUGGAGCAGCCGCAGCCCAGCCGCCGUCGGAGAAAGCUGCGUCGUCCUCGGGCGUGCACGAGGAAGGAGAGCCACCCAGCGUCGCACGUGCUCUUGGUCCCAGCCAGCCAGCAGAGAUCAUCCACGCAGGAGCACACUGGACGGACGGACGGACGGACGGACGGAGAGGGAGCAUGAGAGCAGGAUGGAGACGGCAUUUCUUCCGCGUUUGGCCUCCGUGUACAUAACACCACGACCACGGUGAAAUAAUUAGCAAUAUUCCUCUCUAUUAUUUGCUACUCCCGAGCCAUGGGAAGCACACUAGCACAGGAGUACUGUAGUGCCGAGUUUUUCUUUUUUUAUUUACUGUACUUUUGAUGUAUUUGGUCCGUUAUUAGUGUCAUGCAUGCAGUAGAGUACGUAUUUGGGUAGCAGCAGCAUACCGUAUGGUGUUGAUCUUUCGAUUUGGGUGUGUUAGCAUUGGUCACCCUCUCAUUGACCCCUGCUAUAUCAAUUAACAAUGAUGAACUCGAUGCCGAUUAUGAUUA